AUGGCACGCGAUACGCAAAACACGGCGCCCCAGCGCGGCAAGGCGCGGGGGCGUGGUGGGCACUCUUCUCGUGGUGGUGGGCGUGGCGGUAGCAAGGCGCAUGGUACACAGACGCGUGCGCCUGCAACGUCGAACGACGUGGUGGCUGUGACGGACGCGGCAUCGAAUGCGUCUACAGCCACGUCGACGCAGGUCGCCGCAGCGAAGGCAGCCGCAGCCGCGGCAGCUGCAGCUGCAAGCCAGACCGACGAUGACGACGAGGCCGAGAUCUGUUUCAUCUGUGCCGAGCCUGUGCGUCUAUUUAGUCUGCCGCCCUGCAAUCACCGUGUAUGCCAUAUCUGCUCGAUGCGUCUUCGCGCGCUAUGGAAGAAACGCGAGUGCACAUUCUGCAAGGCCGAAGCCACGCGUGUGAUUUUCACGGCCAAUGCGACCAAGGCGUUCGGUGCGUAUACGCCUGACGAGUUGCCGUAUGUCGACGAGAAGCUAGCCAUCUACUUUGAAACGGAGCAGGACUACCAAGACACGAUCUCCCUCCUGCGCUUCAACUGUCCUAACCCGAAAUGCGAGGCCAUGUGUGCUGGAUGGGCCGAUUUGAAGACGCAUGUAAAGCGGGAGCACUCGCGCCUGUUGUGUGAUCUCUGCAUCAAGCACAAAAAGAUCUUUUCGCAUGAGCAUACUCUCUACACUGCAGCCUCGUUGCAAGCGCACCUGACGAACGAGCAUCACUACUGUGAGUACUGUCGUCAGCACUUUUACAGCGACGACGAACUGUGGGUCCACAUGCGCGACAACCACGAACAGUGCCAUAUUUGCAAGCAUCGCAGUGAAGAGGAACGUUGGCGGUACUAUAAGGACUAUCGCAUGCUCGAGCAGCAUUUCAAGAAAGAGCACUACUUGUGCCCAGCCCGCGAGUGCCUUGAGAAAAAGUUCGUCGUGUUUGAGAACCAAAUGGAGUUCCAAGUGCACCAGGUCCAAGAGCAUGGACAUACACUCUCGAGCCGGGAAAAACGCGAUGCCUUGCGCGUCGAUGCAAGUUUCAUGUACACUGAGGAACCUUCCUCGUCAUCUACACGUCGUCCCGCGAAGAACCGCGAGCGUGGCGCUGCGAAUGCCCCGACGUCGUCACGACGUGCGCAAUUCGGCAGCACUUUGUCGUCGUCAGGCGCCUCGGCGUCGGCUAACACCGGCGAGAACGAUCCUUUCUGGUCGACGGUGCUCACUGUCUUGAACGACUCGACCAACAAGCUGACCGCUUGCAAGGCGGCCCUGCAGUCGUACGCCGCCUCGGAAAUGACCGCGCAAGACGUCCUGCAAACUGUCAUGAACGUCACAGGCGAGGGGGCUCAUUCCUUCGACGUGGGUACCGCCGACUUGGUCCUGCAAAGCAUGUCGGAGAUUCUACAGAACAACGAAAAGAAAGAGGAGCUGCGUCGGGCGUGGGCCAGCGUCAAAGCCCAGCAUACACAGGCCGAGCCUUUCCCUACCCUAGCCGCUGCUCAAAACUCACACUCGGUGCGAUCUCUGAAAAGCGCUGCGUCCGGCAAUGCCCGCGUGUGGGACAAUGUAGCUCGCGCUGCGUCGUCCAAAGCACCUGCGCGCACACCUGACCAAUUCCCGUCCUUACGCGCUGCGUCUUCGCGUGUUCCUGGCUCAGCGGCGCACAGUGCGGGGUCCUUGCAACGUGUUCGCGCGAAUGCUGGGCACUCGUCCUGGGGCGCUGCGGCGCCUCCACCUUCGUCGUCAAACGCGUUCCCGGCGCUCGGCACACCUGCGCCUUCGUCUACGCCGCGCCCUGCUAGUGUGCGUGUGGGCGGCGCAAGUGCCAGCGGGAAGAGCGCUGCGUUGUCCUCCAACCACUUCCCGAGCUUGCCGACCUCGUCGGCGCAUGCUGAGCGACAAGCGCAAAAACGCGAAUUGUUCGGUACACCACGCACGGCCAACCCCCUUGUGCCCACUGCACCGGCCUCGCGCUGGGGCGCCUCUUCCUCCUCCGCAUCCACCUCGCUGUCCGCCGAGGCCUUCCCAUCGCUGCAGUCCAUGUCGGGGGCCUUGCCCAGAGACGAUCCGGUGGCUUCGGCGGCGGCUGCUACACCGACUUCCGGCAAGCAGCGACGACGCAAAGGUGUGCUGUUGUCUUCGGUAGGCUCGAUGCAUCAUGUAUAG